GAUCUUCAACCCGACACGACUGAUAAUCUUUACGGACACUACUAAUAAAAGUAGGUCGAUUUCCUAAAUUCAAAUCUACUCCUGCAUUCAUCGAAUUCAGAAACACCCACCCCACGAAUUUCAUCUACCUAUUUUCCGAACUUCAAAAUCAUAAUGUCCGACAACGAGCGCAGUCCAGGUGGCGCGGAACCCAUAGAACCUGUUUCCGAGCACUUGAACAUCAAGGUUACCGACAACAAUAAUGAAGUCUUCUUCAAGAUCAAGCGUUCCACUCAGUUGAAGAAGUUGAUGGAUGCUUUCUGCGAAAGACAAGGCAAAGCACCAAACUCCGUUCGCUUCCUCUUCGACGGCAGCCGUGUUCAAGCUACAGAUAGUCCAGAUAAGUUGGAUAUGCAAGAUGGUGACACCCUUGAAGUCCAUCAAGAGCAAAUUGGUGGCCAAUAAGCCAUCCCUUUCUUUCUCAUCCAUUCCACUACACGACGAUACGAUACCAUAACAACUCGGCAUGCGCAUGAUGGGGAGGGGCGAAAUGGUUCCAGGACUUAGGAUAGCUCUGGUUGGAGAUGACUGAUAGCUCAGACUGGAAGAGAAGAAUGUGCAUCGUUGCGUUGGCAGUUAACAUUUAACAUCUUGCAAAGCGAAAACAAUCUUCUGAUCUGGGCUACUUUUUCCUUGUGUUUGGGGGACGACUCGUCAGUUUUACAUCGCGGUAUUGGCGUGUUCUAGGGAGGCGUCAACAGUGUUUCUUCAUACUUCAGGGCAUAUUUUCUGGCUGCAGCCACGAAAGACAGAAUUUAGAUGCUUGUUUUCCUUGGGUGGAAGAAAAUAAAGAUGUUCUCAAAUUGGGUCA